AUGGCCCUGUGUUAUCAAAAACAUCCCUUUGAAAUUGAAACGGCAGAUCGUCUGACAACAAUUAAUACUAAAAUAUUUGAGAUCAAAAAGAAAAUACAGCUAUCAGAUGGUCAAAGAAAAUCCCACUACGAGGAAAACGAAGCAGAGAGGCAACAAAAUAACGACCUCAUAGAAACUCUAAAGAGUGAGAUAAAGUUGCGACUAACGGAACUCGCUCAAGCCCGGGAGGUAAUCAGUGAUGAGGAGGCCCAAAUAAAGAAGUAUCUUAAUGAUGUCUGUCCUGUUGGUAAUAAAACUGCUGAUCAGGUCAUACACAACCUAGAUCUAAAAGUCAUAGAACAACGUAAAAUACUGGACCUUCUGAAAUACGAGAAGGGUAGUAAGAAGAAGAAAUUGAGAGAAUUAGAGAAAGAAUAUGAGAAAUUACUGAUUGAAAGCACUAAGAGUGAUCUCGUUAAAUCGAAGAUGUCAACGAGAUCCAGAAAGCAUAUUUCCCAUUUGGAAAACGAGAUCCACACCGUGCUGAUACAGUGGACUGAAGCGGAGUUAGUUAAGAAAAAAUAUGCGUCUAUCAGGCAGGCGCUCGUCGAAGAUUCCGUGAAAUUCGAGAGUUCUCUUGGUAAAAUAGAAGAACUUCUAAAAAAGCAACAGGAGGAGAUAAAGAAACUCGAGCACGUGCGCGACGAGGCGCAAUCGAUGCGCGCGCGCGCGAGCGCCGCGGCAUCCGCGGCGGCGGCGCGCGCGCACGACGCGGAGCACGCGCGCGCCGCCGAGCGGGCGCUGUUCGCGCAGCGGUUCGACGAGCGGCGCCGCGAGAUGGAGAAGCUGGAGAAGCGGAUCUUUCCGCCCGCUGGUGAGAUUUGUUUGCGCCAAGAUUCAACCGGCUCCGUGGAAGGGGAACCCGAGGUGGAAGAAACAUCUCCAGAUCAGGAGAUGGAGGAUAUAUUCCAACGUCUAAUGAAGCUUACAGGAGUAACAGAACCGGAGCAAGUAUUCGACCGCUUCCGAGCGCAACGAGAGACCAGCUCCCGCCUCAACUACCUGCAGCAGAGCAUCGAGGACGAGAAGCUGCAGCUGGAGCAAGCGCAGACCACGCUCAUGGCGGAGCUGGAGGGCUACAAGUUCGCGUCCGUCAAGGAUAAGGACGAAGGUCAAGACGAAGUGAUGAAUCUAAAAGCAGCAAUUAAAGAAGAGGAAGAAGCGUCCGAAGCUCUCCAAAAAGAAUUGGAGGAACUCGAAAGCUUCCUUCUGGAUAUUAAGAGAUUGCUGUACGAUCUGUGCAAGUUGCUGGAGCCGGUGGCGGGCGAGCCGGCGGCGCCCGAGUGGACGGCGGAGGCGCGCGACGUGCAGGAGGUGGCGCGCGUGGCGGCCGCGCGGCUCGCCCGCGCGCGCGCGCACCUCGCCGCGCUCGCCGACCGCCCCAGGGACGCCGCUGUGCCUUCCAAUGCCACAAGCGUGGCGGCGUCGGUAGCGGCGGGCUCAGCGCCGAGCCACAGCCACAGCACGCAGCGCGACUCGGAGCGGCUCGCGCCCGCCUACCGGGACCUCGCCGCGCGCGAGCCCGGCAAGCCCGUCGUAUCUGAUGAAGAAGAAGAUAUUCCAUCUAGGUGUUACCUGAAGAGACAAGCUCAGCUCAUUAUUGACACCAAGUGUCGCAGGAAAGGCUUCCGACCCCCAUACCCUCGGAGAUGA